AUGGCACAAUUCUUUCCUAGCGUCACUGCAGAUUCCUUGAAAAAUAAGGUCAUCGUGAUCACUGGUGGCGCAAAUGGAAUUGGGGCUAGUCUGGUCGAAUACUGCUGCCAUCACGGAGCCUAUGUCUGCUUUGGUGACAAAGCAGUCUCUGCAGGGGUCCAACUUGCAGAAAGGCUUUGUGCCUCGUCCGCUUCGUCCUCGCGCCCACAGGCUAUCUUCUAUGAAACGGAUGUCAUUGAGUACAAGUCAAUCCUGAAUCUUUUUGACGCGGCACUCGAUACAUAUGGACAUAUCGACCACGCUGUUGCGGGAGCGGGAGUUAUGGAGAUUGGCAAUUGGUUCGAUCCAGGCUUAACACUAGAAGAUGUUCGCGAGCCCGCUACCACCAAAGUCCUAGACGUCAAUUUAGGCGGCUGUCUCUCUGUCGCACGCAUCGCGAGCGUCUAUCUGCGCCAGAAUCGUCCAAUGGACGCUGAUCGCUCAAUAACUCUGAUUUCUUCCGUCGCUGGUUUCAAAGAGUCACCGGGCCUUUUCGUCUACCAGGCGUCUAAGCACGGAGUCCUUGGGCUGAUGCGCGCUCUGCGCCUGUAUCUUUCGAGAUCACCACAUCUGCUUCGCAUCAAUGCUGUUUGCCCCUGGAUGACCACCACGGGUAUGGUUCAAGGAAUUGAGGAGGCUUGGCGCAACGCGGAGUUGCCUGUCAAUUCGCCGAUGGAGGUUGCUAUAGUUACUGCAGGACUUUUGGUAAGUCAGCAGCUGAAUGGAAAGUCGAUGUUCGUUGAGGGUGGUCGGGCGUGGGAGAUAGAAGCCAAUAUCGACCGGUUGGAACCACAAUGGCUGGGGGAGGAGCCGUCAAGAUCAUUGGCUAAGGGACAGGCGGUGCUUGCAGAUGGGAGCGAUUGGACCAAGUCAGGAAGAAAUGCUAGAUAA